AUGGACCCUGAUGUGAUCGAGAUUCCACCACCACAGCGAACUAUCAAGCCGCACAAAGAGGUCAUUUUUCGGGAUGUGAUCGACAUCGACAAUGAUGACGACACAACAGAUUUAGUGUUAAUUGGUGAAAACAUUGUUGAAAGUAAUAAGGGGAAGACAACUGAAUCUGUUCGCAACGGUUCUGGUGAUCAUCAAACUAUGGAAGACUUUGAUAAUAUAUAUUAUCCGCCUGUGAUUGACAAAUCUGGACCAAGUAGCAGGGUAGAGUCUUCCAAUGGUUAUACUUCUGUAUCAAAUAACUUAAUCAACAUUGAUGAGGAUGAGUCUGACCACUUGUAUGACGAUGAUGAUGAUGGCUUCUGUGAUAUUAUUCCGGAUGAUUAUAUGGAUGUAGAUAAUUAUACUUUACUGCAGGAGCAUUUUGACAAUGCAAACAUACCUCCUGGUAUUGAGGCACCUGUUCCUUGGUUGAAGGAAUACAAUCUAAGUUCUAAGAAUGCUGAAAGUAGUUUAUUCUAUCCUAGCUUUCAUAUUCCGCAAUCUGAUUCUAAACAUUCUCAAGUUAAUGGCUUAUUUCAGCCUUCAUGGUCAUUUGAGCCUAUUAAGCCUGAAACCCAAGGACCUGUAGUAGGUAGUUCUAGUGUGCAAAAUCACUUAUCUUCUCAAUUAUUUUCUCAAGUUGACCCUAGUAAGAAAAUAAUUGACGCCACACAGAGCAGGAGACGCAAGUUAAAGUUGGCAUUAGGAGUGGAGUCAUCUACAUCUAGUUUGUCUUUGGGACCUUCUGGUAAAAAGAAGCCUUAUUUUUUUGGUUCUUCAACUAACCAUGGCUCUGUAGACAACUCAGGGGUCAUGAAGCUGCCACAUGGAGGUGGUUCACCUCAUUGGAAACUACUUGAAAGUGCAAAGAAAGCAGCUGGAACUGGAAGUAUCAGUUCACAUUAUUCAAAUUUCUAUGGACAUGUAGAUGGAUCAAUUCAUUUUCCAGGAACUGAAUUUGCAAAUCCUUGGUUGAAUUCUUCUCAUUUUAAUCCAUUUCCAAAUUAUACAGCUUAUCCAGGUUUUUCCAAUCCAUUUGUUCCUCUUCAUACCACACCUGCGCAAAUGUUCAAUAACCCUUGGUGUACUGUUGUGACCAUCUCUGAUGAAGCCAGAGAAGAAAUUCUUGAGAAAUUUCAAAACUUUAAGCAAUUUGACACUGUUGACGACACUUCAGACCAUUACUUUGUUCGCACCAAUUCUUCCACGACACAGCAUUCAAAGAAUUGGGUUAAAAGAAUUCAGGAAGAAUGGAAGUUAUUGGAGAAGGAUUUACCAGAUUCAAUAUUUGUCAGAGUUUAUGAAUCAAGAAUAGAUCUGUUGAGGGCUGUAAUUAUUGGAGCAGAGGGAACUCCUUAUCAUGAUGGCAUUUUCUUUUUUGAUGUUUCCUUUCCAAGUGGCUUUCCCAAUGUACCCCCGCAAGUCUACUACCACUCUGGUGGACUUCGGCUCAACCCAAAUUUAUAUAAUUGUGGCAAGGUGUGCCUUAGUCUACUUAACACCUGGUCUGGCAAUAAGAAUGAGAAGUGGCUCCCAGGUGUUUCAACAAUUUUACAGGUCCUGGUCUCUAUACAAGGUCUAAUCUUGAAUACACAGCCUUAUUUUAAUGAGCCUGGAUAUGCACGUUUGAGUGGUUCUGCUGAGGGUGAAACUAGAUCCCUGCGGUAUAAUGAAGACACAUUCCUCUUAUCAUUGAGGACAAUGGUUUAUCUGAUAAGAAGGCCUCCAAAGAGUUUUGAGGACUUUGUUAAGGGGCACUUCUGCAGGCGAGCUCAGGACAUUUUAGUGGCUUGUAAAGCAUACAAGGAUGGUGCUCAAGUUGGUUGUUUGGUGAAAGGCGGAGUUCAGGAUGUUGAUCAGGGUGACAAGAGCUGCUCAAAGGAGUUUAAGAAUUCUUUAGCUGCAUAUGUGGAUAUGCUUGUUAAAGAGUUUACACAAGUUGGAGCCAAGGACUGUGAGAAAUUCCUGUCUUCAUCAACGGUAAGCAACAAGCCGUUGGAAUAGUUGCUACAUUUUCUUGAUAAACCCAAUUUUGAGACUUGCAACAAGCCGUUGGAAUAGUUGCUACAUUUUCUUGAUAAAGGUUUAAUUUAAUAGAAGGUUUUGUUUUAUGUUUACAUUGUUGAACCUUGUUAUAUAGACUCAAUGGCCUGCUCAUAGUUCUCAAUACUGUAUAUAGUUCGGAUGAAUUAUUAAUGCAUUCUUAAGAUGGCAGAAGAUCCAUUGUCAA